CUGCGGGCAGAGUGGCCGAGGUUAUCUUCCAUUCUCAUCUUUGUGAUAUCGGGAGGAUUGACGUGGGGCGCGAGCUAUCUGGCGAAAUGGCUCCCCGGUGCCGAUGGCAGAUUCGAUGAGAGCAAGGUGGCGUCGAAGGGGACGUUCGAGCCGUCUAUCCCGGCGAGGCCGCGGCGGUACUUUGUGCCGUUGCUCGUGUUCCUGAUAUUCUUCCGCUUGGAGGUUUUCCAUCGUGUUACGGCGCAGUUGCAGUGCUCCACUCCCGGAAUUCAGUCUCUCCUGUGCACUCUCUUAGUGUUUUACGACAUCUACUACUGUCGAAGACCUGCACUGCCUCCUCCCAAAGAAGCACAACCCUGGGAUACCCUCACGGAUGACAUCCUGAUAUGGCUCAACGGUGCUCAUGUCCCGAUGCUCCUGAGCGCCCUGGUUCUCAGCUACGGAACCUUCCUCGCCGUCGACUCAGAGCCGCCUUCGACCUUCUUCUGCUCCUCUCUCCUGGACAGCCGCGUCUUGACUCUGGCUCUCCAGCUCCUGGGUCUCUUCUUGGACGCCGCCAUCGCCAUCAUCCUCCACCGGGUGCUCUCGUGGACCAAGACGACGAAGCUGCGGCUGAGGACGCUGGGCGUGAUCCAAGCCCUGACGGGUGUUUUCAUCAAGGUCUUCCAGAUUCUCGCAUCCCCUUUCAUCUCUUCGGCCGAGGGAUACCCGGUGUCCAUCAAGGGCCUCGACUCGCUCUACUUCUUCGACAUCUUCAUCGACAGCGUCACCUUUACCGUGCUAAUAGCGUCGCUGACUAUCCUUGUUUGCGAGACGAGCCCGUCCAUGCCGGCGGGCAUAAUCACCUUCGUGUCGGGGAUGUCCGCGGCAUACCAAAACGUCAUGCACAUCGGAAGGUGGCAGAUCACUUCAAAGUUCGGCGCCAUCAUACCCCUCUACUUCAUCGCCUGGGGCUUCAGCUUCCUGCUCUACACCGCCAAUAUUCGGUCCGUGUUCUUUAUCAAGAGAGUAGUCAUCGUCCUUCUUCUCCCUCUAUUCCUCGUCGGAAUGUCAACGUACGGUCUCAUCAAACCGGACACGGUCAAAGGCCACCCACUCGAAAGGGAGGUCUACAAUGCCAGAGUCACGGGAGACCGUUGGCUCCGUCAAGCCUCCACCAGCGACAACCUCCGGACCGCCGUACAGGUGUACCAAGAAAGGCAUUACGGACGCGCUCCGCCACCCAAUUUCGACAAAUGGUACCAGUAUGCCAAAGACCGCAAAUCUGUCAUCAUCGAUCACUUCGAGCAGAUGGAGAGCGACAUCCUCCCGUUCUGGGGCGUCAAGCCCGAGACUAUCCGGAAGGCGUGCGACGAGAAGAUCCCGACUAUGCCGCGCAUUGCGGUGAUUACGGUCCAGGACAAGAAGGCUAUUCAUAACUAUAUGUGGGACGACGAGAACAAGAAGAUGCUCGACGAAGUGAUCAACAUGAUGGACGGAUUUGCGGAGCACUUGUCGGACAUGAAGAUUCCGAUCAACUUGGCCGACCAGCCUCGGGUUCUUACCCCGUGGUCUGAUCUGACUAGAUAUACCAAGGCUGGGAGGAAUUCCGCCAAGAAGUUCAAGCUCUUGUCAACACGUUCCGAGGAGGCGGUUGGUGGAGCGGCUGCGCAGCCCCCACCGGCCGAGGGUGCCGCACCAGGGCAGAACGCGGCAGAGGGACAGAAACAGGAGGCACAACCGGCAGUCAUGGACGAGAACAAACCACCAGAGCUCGCUAUGGGCGUGGAGCCCCCCAUGCCGCCGACAAACGCAAUGGCAUACGCCUCCACGAAAGCCUUCCGAGAGCUAGAGGCCUCGGUCUGCCCGGCUGACAGUCCAGGGAGAUCGGGUCUACACUGGAACGUCCGCGACUUCUGCUCCUCAUGCGUUAAAUUCCACUCAGACAACCAGUUCAUCUGGAGCUGGGCCGAGUCGAAAGCCCUCUGCGAUCAACAAGACCUCACACGCCUGCACAGCUUCCACAUGUCCCCUCCCAAGAUCGACCCGGUGCCGGAACUCAUCCCCGUCUUCGGCAGGUCCAAGGCCGACGGCUUCAACGACAUCCUCAUCCCCUUGGUGCCCCUCGUCGAGGAAGGCCCCGACCUCAACAAGCCAUUCCGCCAGCGCAAGGACGAGCUCUACUGGCGCGGGACCAUCGGCGACCAGCCCAUCAGCGACGAGGCGCUGCGCGGGAGCCACAAGAACCGGCUCGUGCACCUCGUCAAUAACGCGACGGCGGCGGACGACGUCACGAUGAUGCUCGUCGCGCCCGCGCAGAAGAACUACUUCGCCUACGAGCCCGUCCGCGCCACCGAGGCCAACGCGCUGCUGCCGUUCAACAUCGGCAUCUCGAAUUACGAGUGCGACGGCCCGGCGUGCGACGUCGCGCGCGCCGAGCUCGGCCUGAGGCCCGACGACGGCCUGGACCCCCUCGAGCACCGCUACGUCUUCCUCCUCGACGAGGACUCGGCGCCGCCGCGGGACCUCCUGAGGACGAUCCGGUCCUCCGGCAGCGUGCCGUUCCUGACGUCCGUCUUUGGGGAGUGGUACUCGGAGCGCAUCGUGCCGUGGCUGCACUUCGUGCCGGUGGACCUGCGGUACCACGCGCUGCACAGCACGCUGGCGUACUUCGUCGGGCUCAAGGGCCGGGGCAAGGUCAACGGGCGGGAGGUGGAGACGGAGUCGCGGUGGGAGGACGGGGAGUGGAUCGCGACGCAGGGCAAGAGGUGGGCGGAUCAGGCGCUGCGGAGGGAGGACAUGGAGAUCUAUCUGUUCCGGUUGCUGCUGGAGUGGGGCCGGGUCGUGAGGGACGACCGGGAGAGCAUCGGGUUCCGGCUCGAAAAGUCAUAG